CUAGCGCGCCUUGUCCGGCACACCCCGACCGUCCUUCCAUCUCGUCUGUGCCAAUGCCUCUGGCCCCAACCAACCACCCUUUACUCUCUCACUCUGCCACUCACUGCCCAUCUGCUCACGCGCACUCUAUGUGUCCAUGUGCCUUUCCUCGCUACCCUGCCGCCGUGCCACACCAUCACCAUGCCCCCAGCAUGGCAGUUCGUGCAACUGUACCUGGACACACAGCUGUACGUGGGCAGCAUGCAGGACACACAGCUGUACGUGGGCAGCAUGCAGGACACACAGCUGUACGUGGGCAGCAUGCAGGACACACAGCUGUACGUGGGCAGCAUGCAGGACACACAGCUGUACGUGGGCAGCAUGCAGGACACACAGCUGUACGUGGGCAGCAUGCAGGACACACAGCUGUACGUGGGCGACCCACUCAGGCUGUUGUGCUCGCCCGCUCUGCCUUCACUGCCACCGCCACCUCAUUCUUACCCUGCCCUGCCAUGCCAGGUGAUUCUUUUGCCACCAUCCACGUCACGUCACCAUCCACGUCGCCUUGUGCUCCCAGCACCCCCUCAACCGCCUUGUUGCACAUGGGCAGUGAACAAUGUAGCCCCCUUUCCCCGCCCCAUCCUCGCCUCUCCAGCCUCACCUGCUCUCAAUGUACGCCCACUGCCUCACCUGCACUCAAUGUACGCCCACUGCCUCACCUGCACUCAAUGUACGCCCACUGCCUCACCUGCACUCAAUGUACGCCCACUGCCUCUGCAUGCUGCCUGCUGCCAUGGGCUUUGCCUUGCGACGCCAGGAGACAGUGUGCGGGGCACGGCAGCAGGCAGCAUGCAUGUGAUGCGACACCCACCGAGGCCGCAGGUGCGCUUCUCAGCGUCCUCAUCUAUUGCUCUGCCGCUACAGUGGGCGCGCUACAGUGGGUGCGCUACAGUGGGCGCGCUACAGUGGGCGCGCUACAGUGGGCGCGCUACAGACAGCCCACGCCAUAAGCCACCGUCAUCUGCUGUGUAUCUGACAGAGCUCGUGAAGGACGAGCUGCUUCAUCAUACCCACACCCUCGCGCCCUGCGCCGCACACAUCUUGCCGUCUGUCAAAUGCACGCCAAGGGCGCACCCCAUGCCAAGGUGCGCCCUACCAUGCCAAGGUGCGCCCUACCAUGCCAAGGUGCGCCCUACCAUGCCAAGGUGCGCCCUACCAUGCCAAGGUGCGCCCUACCAUGCCAAGGUGCGCCCUACCAUGCCAAGGUGCGCCCUACCAUGCCAAGGUGCGCCCUACCAUGCCAAGGUGCGCCCUACCAUGCCAAGGUGCGCCCUACCAUGCCAAGGUGCGCCCUACCAUGCCAAGGUGCGCCCUACCAUGCCAAGGUGCGCCCUACCAUGCCAAGGUGCGCCCUACCAUGCCAAGGUGCGCCCUACCAUGCCAAGGUGCGCCCUACCAUGCCAAGGUGCGCCCUACCAUGCCAAGGUGCGCCCUACCAUGCCAAGGUGCGCCCUACCAUGCCAAGGUGCGCCCUACCAUGCCAAGGUGCGCCCUACCAUGCCAAGGUGCGCCCUACCAUGCCAAGGUGCGCCCUACCAUGCCAAGGUGCGCCCUACCAUGCCAAGGUGCGCCCUACCAUGCCAAGGUGCGCCCUACCAUGCCAAGGUGCGCCCUACCAUGCCAAGGUGCGCCCUACCAUGCCAAGGUGCGCCCUACCAUGCCAAGGUGCGCCCUACCAUGCCAAGGUGCGCCCUACCAUGCCAAGGUGCGCCCUACCAUGCCAAGAUGAGGACAGUGAGCACAGCCAUGCUGCCCACCGCAGUAGCAGCAGUGAUGCAACAGGUGGCCGCACCGGUGGGAGGGGGUGAUGGAGAUGCGGCAAGGGGCGAGGGUGAGAAGGUGGAAGAUUUGCCUCAGAUGGAUGCUGCAAAGGAGGACGAGGGGGGAGGGGGUGGUGCAGGCAGCGUGGGCCAGGGCAAUGUGGGAAUCAGACGGGCGAGGAGACUGCUGGGAAUGGGAGGCGGUGCUGUGGAGGGACUUGAAGGGGGUGUGUUGCGCUUGUGGAGCGAGCAGCAGCAAGGGGGGACGAGGAGUGAGUGGGGGGCAGGCGAGUGGUGGAGGUGGCAUGGGGGGGUACGAUGCGCAGGGAGGUGCAUGUGA